AUCAACACCACCGCUCAUUCAUCAUCUUCGCCGCCAUCACCACCAAAAUCAGCCUGCUUCCAUCGCCGCCACCUCACCAAACACUCAUUUAGGAAUGAGCUGCACAGGUGAGGUUGGCAUCUCACCAGUCUUGCUGCAGGUUAUUUCACAUACCCUUACAUCUUCUGAGGUGAAUUCUGAAAAUUGUCUAAACAAUAAUUCUCAUGAAAAACACCGCGACACCAGUGGAUUCAGAUUACAGGAAUGCAAAUCAAAGGAUAUUAAGCCUAAUAUCUUGCAGGUCAAUGCAAACCAAAAUUCUGAGAAGAAAAUACUCCCUAUUCUACAUGGGCUACACCAACCCACAGAAUCUCUCAUCAGUCAAGUUCAAAUGGAUUCUAAUGGCAUCGCAGAAAAUGUCACGGAGACCACUCCAGAUCUAAAGGCAAUGCUUAAACUAAAACUUGAUCAGGGAGCAAAUGUGAAACCCAAUUCAAAUUCAGUGCUAUUCUCACAGAGUGACCCAAAUGUUGUAAAUGUAUUUACAGCAAUAAACAACAAUGAGAAUAAAAGCAAGAAUCUGGUUUUUGAAUUAAAUCAAACCAUUAAGAUUGAUGGAGUGAAGUGUGGUGAACAUGAAGAGGUUAUAGUGUGUUUCAAUCGAGACAGUUCUUCAGUGCCAUCACCUGAUAAUGAUGUUAUAGUCUCAGACUCUGACAGUGGCAUUGUAGAUGCCUCCAAGAAAAGACAUUUACCUCCUACAAGCGAUCAGGAAUCACAGUCUUCUCCAUUGAAGUAUACUCGUCUUGAAGAAGAUGAAAGUGGCAGAGGAGAUGAGGAAAACAGUAACAGUACCUCACAGUCUGCCUCUAACAUUCAUGCAGUCUAUAUUCAUCCAGAAGAAAUUGUAUCUUUAAAAAUUCCAGUUUCUUCAGUGACCAAUAACAAUUCUCCAUCUAAAGAUGCCAUAGACAAAGAAAAUUGUCCAAUCUGUAGUGACAAAGUAUCUGGUUACCAUUAUGGUAUCUUCUCUUGUGAAAGUUGUAAAGGGUUCUUCAAGCGUACUGUACAGAACAAAAAAGUAUAUCAAUGUCAUCAGAAAAACUGUUGUGAGAUAAAUGUCUACAAUCGAAAGAAAUGUCCUGCUUGUCGGUUUAAUAAAUGUCUUGAAAGUGGUAUGUUAUUGGAAGCUAUCCGUCUUGAUCGUACACGUGGUGGUAGAAGUUCAUAUGAUGGUUGUUCACCGCAUGGUCGUACACGUGAUAUUGUUGACAAACAGAAACUUCAGAAAUUGACCACAGUGAAACCCAACAGUCAUCAUCAACAACAGCAGCAUUCCCAACGGUCAGUGACCAUUCCAAAUAUGGCAAUACAGAAAGUUGGUCAGAACAAGGCUAGUCAGCUUGUUGCUAUACUAAGCCGUAACAGUAGUUCUGAUGACAAAAAACCUUUUGUUCCACAGAUUCUUACAGACAUUAUGAAUUUAGAAUCAUUACUCUGUGAUGAUGAACCAAACACUCAAAUUCUAUUGGAAGACCCAACAAGUUACACUUCUCUGAUGCAAAUCACUGAAGAUCGUCUUUACAAAAUUGUACGCUGGGCCAGGAAUCUUUCUCAGUUUGCAUCAAUUUCUACUGAUGAUCAAAUACUGCUACUACAGAAUUGUUGGUCAGAUCUUCUUCUGUUAGAGUGCUGUUACCGAUCUAAAGAGAAACCAUCUGAAAUCCGCCUUGCUCAAGGAGCCACUCUUUCAGUGAAAACAGCAAAAUCUCUUGGUCUGGGCAGUGUAGUGUCAAUGGUUGUUGAGUUAGCUGAGCAGUUAAACCGACUUAAAGUAGAUCUUUAUGAAUUUGUUGGUCUGAAAGUAUUGGUGCUCAUUACACCAGAUGUAAAGGGUUUGAAACAUCCAGAAACAAUCAGAGAACAUCAAGAAAAGCUAUGUGAAGCAUUGGAUAUGUACACGGGUAGCCAUUACCCUCAACAUCCAAACAAAUUUGGAGAAAUGAUCCUUACUUUGCCCAUCUUGUCUCGUAUCAGCAUUAAAGGAAAAGAACUCAUAACAGACACUCAGCUUAAUGACAUUUCAUCAUACGGGCUUCUCUACGAACUGCUGAAGGGGGAGAAUGCUACUAAAGAAUCUCAUAGCACUCCAGAAAAUACUUGAAACAUUGCAGAUUGAAAUUCAAUUUGUUUUUAUUCCUGUUACAGUUUGGUUCUCUAAUGGGUUUUUUUUUUUUUUUACUAUCUCUCUCUUCAAACUGUCGCUGUCGAUAAUUAUAUCAUGUCACUUCAAAAUAUUCCUAUGGGCAAAAAUCUCACCACCUCAUUUUUGUAAUAUUUUUUGAGUGUAAAAUGUGUGUUUAAGUGUGUCUGUUGCAAAUUUGUUUAUCACUGCUUAAUUAUUUUACAAAUUUCUCUACUGAAAAUUAUUUAUGUUCAUAAUUUCCAUAAUGUAAUGAAUUAUGUUUAUUUUUUCCGUCAUUACUAUUAUUAUUUAAUGAAGAUUAUUUUCCAAAUGUAGCAGUGUUGUGAUUCACCAAACAUUCGUAACGAGUAAAUUUCUUAUUUAGAGGGCUAGUCUAAAUACUUUAAAGAAAACAAAAAAAUUAGAUGCUUUUUUUUUUUCCACCACCAAAUUGAGUUUUUAAUAGACAAAUUUUAGUGGAUUUCUAUUUUUUUGUUUAGAGGAAUUAUUGAUUAGUAUUUUGUUUGUUUUUAUAAAAUGAAUUCUGUAUUUGUUUUAGUCUAGUAUUGUAAUCAUUAAAAAACAAAAAAAAAGACUUUCAUUUCUCUGCCACCACAUUUCAUUUAUGUCUGAGAGGCUUCUUUCUCUAAUGUCAAAUUAAACUGUGGUUUAAAAUCAGUUUCUUUUAAAUAAAUCAGGUAAUUAAUAUUCAGAAAUAACUAUUGAAUUUUAAAUGAUAUGACAUUAGUACACAAGUGUCUUGAAGGUUAAGUUUCCAGGCAAGAGAAAUUAUUGUAAAAUAUAUCAUGUAAAUACAUUUGAGAAGCUUAUGGUAAUGUUCUUGUGAUAAAUUUGUUUAAAUGGAAAUUUAUAAUUUCAUAUGCGCAUACAUGAGGGGGUUUUUGUUUCGUUUUUUUUUUUUUUCUCUCGACUAAAAUAUCUUCCCAAUUUGGUUGAAGGUCAGAGCUGGAAUCUGUACAGUUUUAUCAAAAUUUUAAGCUUGAUUGGUGCAAAAGAGUGAAAAAGUGAAUUAAAAUGUCAACAUUUGUCAUUGGCAAUCAUUCAGAUACAAAAAUAUAUCAUCAGUUUUCAUUUUAAACUAUAUUUUUAUGAUUCAGACAUUUUUUUAAAAGUCAGUGUUUAGAAUUUUGGGAAUCCAAAUGGGAAAAAUGGUCAAACUCGCUCACAAAUUAAGAAAGUAAAAAUGUGUUUCUGCAAAAAACCAAAAAUAUAAAAAAAUUAAAAAGAUGGCAGUGAUCAGUUUCAUUUUCUGUUGCCAUGGUUGCAUGUAUUUUUAUGAAACUCACCUGCAUUUUUAAUUAUCUAUACACACAAACAUGCUUGUAUGUGUAAGAGAGAGAGAGUGUAUGUGUGUGAGUGACAGAAUGAGAGGAAAUUUGUACAGUGUCCCUAACAUACACAUUUUUUUAUUAUUUCAACUUAUAAAUGAUCUAAAACCCUAAUCUUUCCACAGUAAAUAACAGAAUGUUACUUGAAACAAUUUAUGAAAUCUCAGUCGGGAUUUUUUUUCUCAUUUUUUUUUUUUACAUUGUCAAACUCAGCUCUAACUUUGUAAAAGUUCUGAGGCUUUAUAAAAAGUAAAAA